AUGCCCGCCCGCACCAGCUCGGGGCACGCGAACCCGUCCACGCCCGUCGACACGGCAAUGCGCGGCGUCACCGCCGGGUCGCGCGUCCAGUUGAACGCGGGGCGCGCCGCCACCUUGGGCGCCGCAAACACGGCCGUCGCGGCAAUGUACAUGGGCGCGUCGCCCUCGACGCUCUGGAAGGCGCCGCACGUGGUCGUGUUGCUGUUGUGCGUGCCGGCGUGGGGCGCUGCGGCGGUCGUGGCGUUGGAUGAUGGCGGCGGCGGUACAUCGUACUGCCGCCACGAGCGAACAAUCUCUGGGGCCAGUAGCUCGAGCUCGUCGGCGGCAAAGGUGGAGCGGGCCGCAGGCGCUGCCGUGGCAAGGCCGACAGCAGCGGCCAGUGUGGCCGCGAUGGAGAGGAGGACGGAUUUCAUGAUGGCCGUGGUCGAUGGCGUGAGUCAGGGCGGAGGAGUUUGUCAGAAUAGUAAAUCAAAGAAAAAGGAAAUCGGUGGUAACUGUAAAUCAAAAGGGGAGGGAUGA